AUGAGCGGCCUGGUCGGGCCCAACCCAGACUCGGGCCGGAGCUCCGAGCGGCAGCAGCGUGUGGUGUUGAGGAUGUUCCCGUUUCUCUCCUUUACCGUGGCCGGGCUGGAGCCCACCAGCCAUUACCGGAUGUUCGUGGACGUGGUCUUGGUGGACCAGCACCACUGGCGGUAUCAGAGUGGCAAGUGGGUGCAGUGCGGAAAGGCAGAGGGCAACAUGCCAGGAAACCGUCAGUAUGUCCACCCCGAUUCCCCGAACACGGGAGCCCACUGGAUGCGCCAGGAAGUCUCCUUCGGGAAACUGAAGCUCACCAACAACAAAGGGGCCUCCAACAACAUGGCCCAGAUGAUUGUGCUCCAAUCACUGCACAAGUACCAGCCCCGCCUGCACAUCGUCGAGGUGAAUGAAGGCGAGCCGGAGGCGGCCUGCAGCGCGUCCAACACCCACGUCUUUACUUUCCAAGAAACCCAGUUUAUUGCUGUGACUGCCUACCAGAAUGCCGAGAUUACUCAGCUGAAAAUUGAUAACAACCCUUUUGCCAAAGGAUUCCGGGAGAACUUUGAGUCCAUGUAUGCAUCCGUUGACACCAGCGUGCCCUCCCCGCCUGGACCCAACUGUCAAUUGCUUGGGGGAGACCACUACUCUCCGCUCCUGCCCAACCAGUAUCCUGUCCCCAGCCGUUUCUACCCCGACCUUCCCGGCCAGGCCAAGGAUGUGCUUCCCCAGCCGUACUGGCUGGGGACGCCCAGGGACCACAGCUAUGAGGCCGACUUCCGAGCGGUCAGCAUGAAGCCUGCAUUCCUGCCCUCCGCCCCUGCACCCAGCUUGUCCUACUACCGCGGCCAGGAAGUCCUGGCCCCUGGCACCGCCUGGCCUGUGGCUCCCCAGUACCCCCCGAAGAUGAGCCCAACCAGCUGGUUCCGCCCCAUGAGAACUCUGCCCAUGGAGCCGGGCCCUGGCACCUUGGAGGGCCGGGCACCGGAGGACCAGGGGCCCCCCUCAGUGUGGACUGAGAUCACCUCCAUUCGGCCAGACUCCAGCGACUCGGGACUGGGAGAAGGAGACUCUAAGCGGAGGCGGGUGUCCCCCUACCCUUCCAGCGGGGACAGCUCCUCCCCAGCCGGGGCCCCAUCUCCUUUUGAUAAGGAGACCGAAGGCCAGUUUUAUAACUAUUUUCCCAACUGAGCAGGCACAGCGGAGAAAAGAACAGAAGCGUGCUCGUUGCCGGGGGACACCGAUGACUUAGACAAGAGACUCAGGGCUGAGAAUCCUCGGCUCCUUGUCCCUUCUCCAGAGAG